UGUCCGGUCUGUCGUUCAGAUGGGACGUUUAUCGUUGCCGGUGAGUAACAAUCGUCUUCUCCUGGCUUGGCUACCCAUCUAAUACUGCAAGUUGCUAUGCUACCCCACAGUAACUUGUAUCUCAUUUGCGACAUCCAUCCCACCUGCGACAUCCAUCAUCUUCCCGGUUUGGAUGGGAUUUACAUGCUUACCGGAGUCAUUAUAUGAUGCUGUAUUGGAUCAUCCGCUCCUUCCCGUUGACGUCUGGAAUGUAUCCCCGCCCGGAGAUAAGCAAUCCCUUAGACAAAUAUUAUCCCAAACACCCACUGAUUCGCCGUGCGUGAGGUGGAAUGGGUAUAAGUAUAGGACUCAUCGAUUUCAAGCCAAGCUCAUACUACGUCGUCAUGGCUCUUUCUACCAGCUCGUUUGGACGUAUUAUACGCGACGAGAUUUCGACUAAUCUCGCUGUUCAGCAGCGGAAGAUGAUGGAAGAUUCUCGUAGGCGUGUCGACUUUGGACGUAGGCUGGAAACCUCGUUCGACGAAAUUACAAGCUGCCUUCAGUGCCUUUCUGCGGACCACAGUGACUCAGAUUUUCGACAAGGACAUGACCAGCGAAUUCGAGACCUCUUCAUCUCAUGGCAGAAUAUCACCAAGGACUUCAAAAGGGCUCGCCAGGACUCUCAGCUGAUCAUCCGACUUGCUUCCCUUGCGUCCUGGAUGUUCUCAAUGGAGUUCCUUGGGGAGUUCGAGAAGCGCGAAUAUUGGCCUCAGGAAGAAAUGCGAAAGUUCAAGUCUGACAUUGACAAACUUCGUAUUCCCGAAGCUGGCCGGCUCGUAGAGCGCUUUAAAUCCGUAGCGGAUUCAGUGAGGAAGGUGACGGAAGAGUGGAAAGCGACGUGCAACAGUAAUAGCAGUUUUGAAUAUGCUGACAUUGCUUGGGAUGCGGAGGAUAGGCUCCAUGAAGUUGACCGCGAGAUUGCUUCAACAAUAGAGUUGUGUGGCGUCCCGAUGGCGCGUGCCGGUAUCUUCGACUUGAUGCAUACCAUCUGUCCAUCGGCCUGGUUUACUGCUUUGAGAUCGAUUCCCCAUCACGAUGGUGGCGGAGUUGCUGACAUGGUGUACACGAGAUGCGAGGACCGUGACCGAGUCUUUUUGAUCAUGGAAGAAGAACGACAUAAGUUGGAGCAGUCGUGUUCUCAAGCGAGACCCUUCGCUAAAUUAGACGCCAUGAUGCGUAUGCACGAGCACGAUAUGAAUUCCUACGUUGGUAUCAUUGCUAAGGCCUGUCACGUGUGGGAUAUGAUGGAUUCGGAUAUUUCUCUUCUCCUUGAAGUACGCCCUAAGUUUCGAACUGGCGGUCGGGACGAUGAGGACGUAUUGAAGACUAUGAAGUACGUUCAGAGCAUGUAUGAUGCCGUUGGUUAUGCCCUGUUGGAAUACGAGUCUUGAUCUAUGGUAUAUCCUUUUCUUUCCCUUGAUUUACUCGGCAUGGACCUUUGAAUAAAUACAAUUUGAAUGAACUCUCA